AUGGCAUCGAAACCCCUCAAUCUGCAAGUACGGCCACGAGGGAAGCCCAUCAAGUCCCUGCCAGAAUCACUCGUCCUGAGCCCCGAUGCCUCCACGGCCAAGUUGUAUUCAGAACUCGCGCACAAGACCAAAUAUUCCAUUCACCAGCUGCGCGUGACCAAGGGCUCUGAUGGCAGUGUCGUGGCAAACUCCAAGGAGACGUCGAUACGUGAGAACGGUCUACGUGAUCAGAGCACAAUCUAUGUGAAAGAUCUUGGGAUGCAGGUGGCAUGGCGAACUGUCUUCCUGGUCGAGUAUUUGGGUCCAAUUUUGAUACAUCCGUUAAUGCUGGCCGUCCGACCGUACAUCUAUCCAUCUGCCAGCAAGGAAGCGUCUCAGCUGCAAAAGGUGCUCUGCGCGUUGAUAUGCUUGCACUUCGUCAAGCGGGAGCUAGAGACGCUGUUUGUUCACCGCUUUUCGGCCGCUACCAUGCCCAUCCGCAACAUUUUCAAGAACAGUUUCCACUACUGGAUCCUUUCCGGCCUCAUGAUCGCAGUUUUCAUUUAUUCACCAUACUCCGCAGCAGCGCAAGAACCCAACCCACUGCUCUUCUAUCCUGGGUUGAUCAUCUUCCUGCUAGGGGAGCUGGGCAAUCUCCAAACCCACCUGACAUUGAAAGGACUCCGAAGUGCCGGAGGGACCGAACGAGGCAUCCCCCAAGGUUUCUUGUUCAAUCUUGUCACCUGCCCCAACUAUAUGACGGAGACCUGCUCUUGGAUUGGGGUCUAUCUUCUGAGUGGCCUGAGCUGGGGAGUACUCAUCUUCCUUGUCAUCUCCGUGCUCCAGAUGGGACAAUGGGCAGCAAAGAAGGAGCGAAGAUACCGCAAGGAGUUUGGUGACAAGUACAAGAAGAAGAAAUUUACCAUGUUUCCAGGCGUCUGGUGA